AGAAUCCAACACAAACUGGACUUCAACGUAACAGAUAAAUUCAUCUACAAAGAAAGAACUGUAAGACAUUAUAGAAAUGGUAUUCCAGUGUAAGUUCCUGUUCGCUGCCAUGUUUACAUUAACGAUGCUGAGCUCGACUGGUUUCGCAGCAAAGUAUUCAAGUGUAGAAACCAUCAUGAGACUUUUCUUGGAGCCCUCUCGCACUAACGCUACCAGAGAGAUGCUUAACGUCUACAGUUUCAUAGCCUCAAGCAAUGACUUAAGCGAGACCAUUCUAAGACUUGGAGAUGCCAACACGCAAGUUUGCGCCUCAGACAAGCAAAGAAAAGACAACCUUACCAUCGCUUAUGCCAAAAUGAGAGAUUUCAUAAAUCCAGUGUACAUGGCGUACUCGUAUGAGGCAGCACAGACACCCCAGAACAAGAUUUUGAAAGGUGUGCUCAUGAAAGUCGGUCAGCACCUGAACAACACAGCGAUGAGAUUGCGUCAUAAGCUAACAAAGAAUUCGUAUCCAGUGCCAUCCACACCCACAUCAGUUCCUGAGGCAAACCUAGACCAGCUAUCUCGCGAAUACUUGACAAAAUUUGUGACAGGAACGAUUACUGACGACAUGGUGAAGAGGUAUCGGAACUAUGUUAUCCUCUACACCUUGAAAGAUGUUAUCCAAGAAGUUUUGAAUCAGUGUCUGUGGCGACCUAAUGCAACCAGAAACCAACUUGUCCAUCCUUAGAAGCGUAUUGAAUUAUUACAGAUACUACAAACGUUGACAAAAGCAAAUUUAAAGAACCUUAAAGUCAUAUCAUAAUAUAAACUUUGGGUACAAGUAGUGUGUU